AUGGUGGAAACAUCUCCAACGCCCCAGCCGCCGCUACGGAUCGGUACCCGACGAUCCAACCUGGCCAUGGCCCAGGCGGAAGGCAUCCGGGACAGCCUACAAAAGAUUGUCCCGGAUCGAUCCUACGAGAUCGAAGCCCUCCGCACACUGGGCGAUCGAGACCAGCUAACGGCGCUGUACAGCUUCGGCGCCAAGAGUCUCUGGACGACCGAGCUGGAAGAAAAGCUCACCUCCGGUGAAUUGGAUGUUAUUGUGCAUUGUCUGAAAGAUAUGCCGACUAAGCUCCCCGACACUUGUGAGCUGGCAGCUAUCCCGCCCCGCGAUGAUCCGCGGGACGCACUGAUCGUCAAGGCCGGGUUGCCAUACACGAGCUUGAAGAGCCUCCCCGAGGGCGCCGUAGUCGGGACUUCCUCCGUGCGGCGCUCAGCCCAGCUCCGCCGUCUGUAUCCGCAUCUCCGCUUCGCUAACCUCCGCGGCAAUGUCGAGACUCGUCUCGCGAAGGUAGACGACCCUGACAGCGAGUACACGUGCAUGGUCAUGUCUGCCGCGGGUCUUGAGCGGGUAGGCCUCAAGCAUCGCAUCAGCCAGUACCUGGGCUCCAGGGACGGGGGCAUCCUGCAUGCUGUUGGGCAGGGCGCUCUGGGCUUGGAGAUUCGCAAGGGAGACCGGAAAAUGCAGGAAUUGCUGGGCCAACUGGCUGAUCAGAAAUCCACUCUUGCUUGCCUUGCUGAGAGGUCUCUUAUGAGGACCCUCGAGGGUGGUUGCAGUGUUCCUAUUGGGGUUGAGACGGAGUGGAUGCCUUCGGGGGACUUGAGGAUGAAUGCUAUCGUUGUUAGUCUGGAUGGCACCCGAAGCGUCGAGGAUAGCAUUACUUCGAGAGUCGAGGUGGUCGACGAAGCAGACGCGCUCGGAGAGGAACUUGCGGGAAGACUGGUCAAGGCCGGUGCAGGGAAGAUUCUAAAUGAUAUCAAUGCGAACCGGCCUCCCAAGGACUGA